AUGACUAAUAUCGUCACCCUGCAGAGUGCAUGGGACGUUGACCGGCACAUUGUGCUGGACUCCGCAGACAAGCUGGUAUUGAUCCGAUUUAGCAGCUACACUUCCGCCGCAGCGGAAGCGGAGGAGUACAGUCGACAGGCGAAACGUGGCACCGCAACUUCGACCUCCGCAGCAGUCGAAGGGUCAUUGACUUCGUCCUCGUCGGCGCUAUCUACCCGCAAGCGUAGACACGACGAUGUGGACGGAACUGGCGCGUGUGCGGUGGCGUCGGCGACGACAGCCGCCCUCUUGUCAGCUAAUGUUGAUGAACACUACCUGCGCACGCGUCAGAUGGACGCCUUGCUCAGCGAACUCGCGCCCAAGGUGCGCAAGUACUGCACCAUGUACUUUGUGGACACCCGUGAGGUGACGGCCUUCAACGACCUCUACGAGCUGGGCCACGAUCGUGACCCGUUCGCUGUCAUGUUCUUCUACCGAAAUCGCCACAUCCGAGUCGACGUCGGGACAGGCAACAACAACAAGAUCAACUUCUUUGCCUUUGAGGACUUGUACGACUUUCUGCCCAUCGUGGAUGCCGCCUACAAGGCGGGUCGGCAGGGCCGGAGCAUCACCAGCUGUGAUCGCAAGUUCUCUACGGUGGCGCUGCGCCGCUAA